UACAGGGUAGGGGUGCGCGCGCGCGCAGAGAGAGACCGGCAGCUGCGCGGCGAGAGGCGCGCGGGGCACCUGUAUGUGCGCGCGCAGGCAGAGGCAGGUGCCGGUGCGAGGAGGAGCGGAGGCAAAGGGGGUGCGCCGCCAGCCAGCCCCCGCGCGAGCGGCGAGGAGGAGGAGGAGGAGGAGGAGGAGGAAGGCGGGCGGGAUGUGGCGCCGCGCGGCAGCCCGUCUCUCUCUCUGCGCGUGAUGCCCCCCUGCGUGUGCCGCCGCCGCCGCGCCCCCGAAGAAGAGCAGCCGUAGGGAGAGAGCGGGAGGGCGAGAGGCGCGCGCGCGCCCCGCUGGCGCAGAGAGCGGCCGGCGCUCCCCUCAGCGCGCUGUCUGCGCCCAGCCCCGCUGCCCCGCGUCCGCCACGCCGCCGUCUUCUCUGCCUCUCGGAGGAGGACGCCCCGUCGAGGAGCGAGCGAGCCGGGGCCGCCCCUUUCUGCUGCUGCUGCUUCUCCCCGCCCCUGGCCGGCGGCGGCGCCGGCUGCCGCCUGCUGCUCCCCCGCUGCGCUCCUCGCCCGGGCGGCGCCUCCUCCUCGACAGGCGGCGGCGGCGGCGGCGGCGGCGCUAGCGGAGCAGCAGCAGGAGCAGGAGGAGGCGGGGGUCGUGGCGGGGCUGCCGGCCGCCCUGCCUGGAGCCGCCCCCUCAGCCCGGACCCUCGCCUGGACGGCGCGCCCUGCCUGCCCCAUGGCGAAGUAGCCGGCGGCAGCAGCAGCAGCAGCAGCAGCCGCCCUAGCCCUGCUCGGUGGGCGAGGAGGAGGAGGAGGAGGAGAGGGGGCUUCUGCCGCCGCCGCCGAGGGGCGCCCCGCGGAGCCAGAGAGGCAGGCGGGCACCCCGAGUCCUUCCUCGCCGCCGCCGCCGCCAUGGCCUUCACCUUCGCCGCCUUCUGCUACAUGCUGACUCUGGUCCUCUGCGCUUCGCUCAUCUUCUUCGUCAUCUGGCAUAUCAUCGCCUUUGACGAGCUGCGGAUGGACUUCAAGAACCCCAUCGACCAGGGCAACCCGGCCAGGGCAAGAGAGAGAUUGAAAAACAUUGAACGCAUCUGCUGCCUCUUGAGAAAGCUCGUGGUUCCAGAAUAUUCCAUUCAUGGUCUUUUCUGCCUGAUGUUUCUCUGUGCAGCCGAAUGGGUGACUUUGGGUCUCAACAUCCCACUGCUUUUCUACCACUUAUGGAGGUACUUUCACCGCCCGGCAGAUGGCUCGGAGGUGAUGUAUGAUGCCGUCUCCAUCAUGAACGCAGACAUCUUAAACUAUUGCCAGAAGGAGUCAUGGUGCAAACUGGCCUUUUACCUGUUGUCAUUCUUCUAUUACUUGUACAGUAUGGUUUAUACGCUGCAACGGCCCCUCAAGCAGUCUCUGAGCAGUUCCCUCUGCCGGGAGUCCCACUGGAAAUGCCUGGUCCUCACCCUGCUGAUGUUCGGCUGCUUUGGCGUCAUGGGCUGGUGCCGCCUCUCGACGGUGACCCGCAUCACCUAUGACGGCUCCUACCAGGGGGCCACGGCCAUCUACCACGACAGCCCGUGCUCCAACGGGUACAUCUACAUCCCGCUGGCCUUCCUGGGCAUGCUGUACGUGGUCUACCUGGUGGAGUGCUGGCACCGCUUCGCCAAGGGCCAGAUGCAGCACCGGGUGGACACGGCCAGCGUCUACGAGAAGGUCCAGCGCAUGCAGCAGGCCACGCCCUGCAUCUGGUGGAAAGCCGUCGGCUACCACUACAUCCGCCGCACCCGGCAGGUCACCCGCUACCGCAACGGGGACGCCUACACCACCACCCAGGUCUACCACGAGCGGGUCAACACCCACGUGGCCGAGACCGAGUUCGACUACUCGGGCCACGGGGUGAAGGACGUCUCCAAGGAGCUGCUGGGGCUCUCCGACUACCCCGUCACCAAGCUGCGCUUCACCAAAUGCUUCAGCUUCGCCUCCGGGGAGGCCGAGGCGGCCUACCUGACCCAGCGGGCCCGCUUCUUCGGCGAGAACGAGGGCCUGGAUGACUACAUGGAGGCCCGCGAGGGGAUGCACCUCAAGAACGUGGACUUCAAGGAGCACAUGAUGGUCUUCCCGGACCCCCGGCGCCCGCCGUGGUACACCCGCCGCUGGGUCUUCUGGCUGGCCUCUUUCCUCCUCCUCUCCUGGCCGCUGCGGGUCCUGGCCGAGUACCGCAUGGCCAACGUGCACUACCACGUGGAGAAACUCUUCGGGGCGGACGACGGGCCCAGUCCGCUGGACACCGCCGGGGGCUACGGGCCCCGCCGCAUCUCGCGGGUCAACACGGUGGACAUGACGGAGCUGGAGUGGCACAUCCGCUCCAACCAGCAGCUGGUGCCCAGCUACUCCGAGGCGGUGCUCAUGGACUCCACCGUGGUGGCCGGCGCGGCCUACCUCCGCAGCUGCCAGCGGUGCCGCCGGACCGUCAGCAGCAACUCGCUGCCCUCACGGGGCACCCGGGCCCUCUACGCGCGCCUGCCCUUCAGCUGCAGCCGCUUCUCGCUGGGCGGGGCGCGCCGGUGCGGCGGCGGCAUCCUCCGCAGCCUGAGCGGGGGCCACGUGGGGGGCGGCGUCGGCGGCGUCGAGACGGAGCCGCUGGAGAGCCCCCCCUGCUACCAAGACGCCCUCUACUUCCCCGUGCUGAUCGUCCACGGCGGGGAGGGCUGCCACCGCAACGGCCAGAGGCAGGGCCCCGCGGGGAGGGCCUCGGGGACCCCGCUGUGACCCCCGGGGGGGGGAGAGGGCCGUGGAGGUUGACGCCCCGCUUUUCCGUCCACAGGGUCGGGGACCGGCCGCGGGAGGGGAUGCCCCCGGAGCAGCCCCUAACCUGGUUCGCCGAGCCCCCUCCCCAAGUUCCUGCUCUGAGGAAGAUGGAAGACCACUCCUCACCCACCCACCCACCCACCCACCCCGCCCGCCUUUUGCAAAUUAAGUGCCCGAUCCAUCCCCCGCAACGCCCCAGAAGAGGGAGUUUUUGCAAGUCUUCGGAGAACCAGAGCUGGGAAGGGUGGUCUCUUGAGUGGGAAGGGGUGGUUUUUGUGGGGCAAGCGGGGGAGCGCUGUGGGGGUCACGGCAGCCCCAUGUCCUGACCACGAUCAAUUCUGCUUCUGGAGUCUGGAUUUUUUUUAAAAAAAACAACAACUAGGUGCUGUUCAUGCUUCCACAGUCCCGAGGGCUACGUCAGAAUGUUGAUCUCCUGUGCCAGAUUUUGGAGCUUCUGCUCUCACUGUGGAUGGAGGGGUGUGUGUGUGUAUCCCUCAUUGGCCCUUUGUUGCACUGGGGGGGGAUUCCCCCCCCCAGGGCUUGGAUGGGAAGUGGGCCGCCACAUCCUUGACGGCAUGAGGCUGCAUGCCUCGUAACCGCUUUGUGACAGGUCGAAAUGAAAAAAAGUGAGGGUGCCCCCACCACCAGAUGCCACCUGCCAUUAAAAAUGAGAAUUUAAAAAAAUCACCAGUCCCCUAUUGGCAGCUUUGUGGAGGAUACAGUCUUUCCUACAUGGCCAUGAGCCAUCCUGAUAGCUGAACAGAGCCUCCCUCUUCAGGAGCAGACUUCUCUAUGAGUGUCGGUUGAGCAGGGGGCAGAGAGCCAGCAAGGGUUAGGUCGUUGCUUCCGGCUGGCCACCCUUGGCAGCAAGAGCGCCGGGCUGCUUUGGUCUGAUCUGGCUGCAGGGCUGCUGUUCUCCGUGGUUGUUAGUGAUGCUAGCUAAGCAGAGCCUCCAUGUUCGGAAGCAGUCUACCCCUGGAUGUGAGGUGCUCGGAGCCAAGACAGCAGGGGAAGGCUGGCCAGCAUGAGGGACAGGAGGACUGUUCUGUUCUGUGCUUCCAGAAUCAGCUCCGCGCUUCCAGUCAGGGAAAGGGGGUCCCUUUUUCCUGAUUGCUUCUUGGUCAGAGUCCACAUUUCAUGCAGAAUUCGUGAACCCAAAAACAGGAGGCGGCGGCGGCGGCGGCGGUGGUGGUGGUGGAGGAGGAGGAAAUCCUCCAAAGCAGAACUGAAUGAUCUCAAGAAUUCUGUGGGACCCUUAGGCCUGCAGCGGUGUGGCCCUUGGCAGAGCUGGGGUUGAAACAGGUGGAAACAAGUUGAAGGGCUGAUACUAAACCAAGAUGGAGAAAGCUUGCAGUGGGUGACCCAGAGCUCCGCUCUCAGGCCCUCCAUGGCUGCUUCUAGAAAGGUUGCCAACGCUCCAGGACUGGCUCGGAGUUUCCAGAAAUCGGCAUCCAUGUCUAGGUGACUCCUGGAGGUUUUCAGGACUUAGUAUUGUGGGAAAUGUUGGGAUAGUAUUUGGGAUGUCCAGAUACGGCCGGGAAGAGGGAUGCCGACCUUCCACGGUUGGCAGUCAGCAGCAUCCGUCUCCAGGUAACCCUUGGAAGCAACCUUGGAGACUGGAAUGGCUUGAGAAUGAGAAAAAUAUUGGCGAGCGGGCGGGGAAGAGAUAGGAAAGAAUGCAAACCUCUGGGGAUAGCUGCAGUCUGUGUUGGCAAUGGCAACCCUAUUUGCACAGAAUAGGCUGGAACACUCUGUCCGCACUGCAGUCUGGAAUUGGUUUUGUCAAGUUUGUUAGGCCAUGGUGGAUAAAGAACCAGGUCGAGAGACAGGAGAUACAGGUUUCAGUGGAGAUAAAGAAAAAGUUCAUCUUGUGGGAGGCACAUGGUGUGGAGAAAGUGGUCAGCGGAUAUUCAGGACAGACCAAAGAGCGGACUUCUUCACCGGUGUUCCCUUCUAACAGGGAUCCCCAGAUGUGGUUGACUACAACUCCCAGAAUCCCCCGCUGCAGUUGCCUUUGGCUUGGGAGUUAUGGGAGUUGUAGUCAACCACAUCUGGGAAUCCCUGUUCGAGGGAACACUGUUCUCCACCUCAUUGAUUUGUGUGUAGUCAGUGUGUUGAAUUUGCCGCUAGCACAUGGCCACUCGCUUUGCAAAGGGAUGAGACAAGUUCACAGUGGAAUUGGACAAGUCAUGCCUGGUGUGGAGAAAGUGGAGAGAGAGAAAUUCUUCUCCCUCUCACAUAACACCAGAACUAGGGGUCAUUCCAUGAAACUGAUGGCUAGGAGAUUUAGGACCAACAAACGGAAUUACCUUUUUCGCACAACACAUAAUCAGCUUGUGGAACUCUCUGCCACAAGAUGUGGUGACAGCCAACAACCUGGAUGGCUUUAAGAAGGGUUUGGAUCACUUCAUGGAGGAGAGGUCUAUCAAGGGCUACUAGUCGGAGGGCUAAAGGCCACCUCCAGCCUCAAAGGCAGGAUGUCUCUGAGUACCAGUUGCUGGGGAGUAAUGGCAGGAGAGAGGGCACACCCUCAACUCCUGUCUGUGGCUUCCAGCAGCAUCUGGUGGGCCACUGUGCGAAACAGGAUGCUGGACUCGAUGGGCUCCCUUGGGCCUGAUCCAGCAGGGCUGUUCUUAUGUUCUUAUGUUGGUGGCCAUUGCUUGUGAUGGUAAAUGGAACCUCUAGGCCCAGGAACAGUCUACCCCGAGGAACAAACAGAAGAGGGGGAGUUGACUUCAGGCACUCCUUCUGGGCUUCCUGAAAGCAUUCUGGCCUGUGGAGGGGCACUGUGAAAAGCAAAAUACUUCAGUCUGCUCCUCUAGGGGGCUCUCCAUACAUAAACAGCUCUUCCUCUUUCUUCCCUGGGAACCCUGAGAACUGGGGUUGUGUGAAUGUGGUUAGCCUAAUUCUCAGCACCCUCACCAAAUUUCCGUUCUCCGGGGUGGGGUGGGGCAGAAGCCAGAGUGCUCCCACUCGAUACCGGCUGGAAAUAAUUUUGCAGUGCCAAUGCACCCUCCAUCAAAGAAGAUCCAGAGGAAAGCUGUUCGCUGGGGUUGUGUCCCUUUGUCCUUUUAAGGGUCUUGGCUGGGGCGUCGCACUCAGUCCUGACCCCGGAGUCGCUUCGGGAGGAUUUUCACACUUCAGACUUUGGGGUUGCAGCUUAUUCCCCACACAGUCUGCCAUUUCUUCUUGGACUGUGCCCUGCACAGACUGAAAUCCUCUCCUCUAUGAAAAACACACGUGUCUUUAAAGAGAGGAGGUGUGGAUCAGGGCCAGGGUCCAGUGAGUGUGCUCCAUUUCUGUGUGCUCAUGGUCUCGAUUCUUCUGCGCUUACUGGGGAAGGAGGAACAAAAAGACCCCUGACCCUCCUCCCUUCCUCUCUCUCUCUCUCUCUCUCCGCCCCCCCCCAUGAAUGACUUGGGGGGCAGCAUUUAAAAGAGACGCAGUUGUGCAGUGUAAAUGAGGAGAGUGGGGCAAACCCAGAGGGGGUCUGGGGUGGGGGUGGUGACGCUGGGAUUGGACCCACUGACAGUGAGAUGAAAUAAAAUAAACUUGUCGUCCCUUGCUCACGGGACAAUAAAGCUCUUUCAAGGUG